AUGCGAGUUGCCCGGGUGCUGAACCUGGUCCUGCUUUCCGUGUUUUCCCUGCCGGUGCUGUCUGCCGCACAGGACGGGGACGCCGCCGCCGUCGUCUCCCGGUUCCUGAACGCCCAGCGCACCGACUUCGAGGAGGUGGCGCUUCGCAUCUGGGACUGGGCCGAAGUGGGCUACCAGGAAGAGCAGAGUUCAACGCUCCUCCAGGAGCAGCUCACCGCCGGCGGUUUCUCGGUGGACGCCGGAGUGGCCGGGAUGCCGACCGGGUUCGUCGCCGAGUGGGGAUCGGGAAGCCCGGUGAUCGGCAUCCUGGCCGAGUUCGACGCCCUGCCGGGGGUGAGCCAGGCGGCCGUCCCCGAACCCAUGGAGCGCGAAGGCGUGGGCGCCGGACAUGCCUGCGGUCACCACCUGUUCGGGACCGCCUCGGUGGCCGCGGGACUCGCAAUCCGGGACUGGCUCGAACGGUCGGGAACGCCCGGAAGGAUCCGCGUUUACGGCACCCCCGCCGAAGAGGGCGGCGCCGGCAAGGUGUACAUGGUCCGGGAGGGUCUUUUUGCCGACGUGGACGCGGUGCUUGCCUGGCAUCCCGGGGACCGCAACGACGCGAGCCCCGGGGAUUCGCUCGCCAACCUGUCGGCCAAGUUCCGCUUCCGGGGCGUCUCCGCCCAUGCGGCGGGAGCCCCGGACCAGGGUCGCUCGGCGCUCGACGCGGUGGAGGCCAUGAACUUCAUGGUGAACAUGAUGCGCGAGCACGUCCAUGAGCGCAGCCGGAUCCACUACGUCAUCACCCGGGGGGGCGAGGCCCCGAAUGUGGUCCCCAACUUCGCCGAGGUCUAUUACUACAACCGGCAUCCCUCGGUGGAAACGGCCCGCGCCAACUGGGAGCGGAUUCUGAAGACCGCCGACGCGGCGGCGCUCGGCACCGGGACCCGAGUCGAGCACGAGAUGAUCCACGGGAUCUACAACAUCCUUCCGAACGAGCACCUCGGGCGGCUCCUCUUCGAGAACAUGAAGGCGAUCGGAGGCUUCGCCUACACCGACGAGGAGCGGGCCUUCGCCGAGGAAAUCCAGAAGCACCUGCAACAGCCGCGUCCCAUCGGGUCCCAGGAGGAAGUCAUGGAUUGGGCGAGGACCCCGGCGGGCGGCUCCACCGACGUGGCCGACGUGAGUUGGGUGGUUCCGACCGCGCAGUUCCGAACCGCAACCUGGGUGCCCGGGACCCCCGCGCACAGUUGGCAGGCGGUCGCCUGCGGCGGCACGAGCAUUGGGCUGAAGGGAAUGCAUCUGGCUGCACAGGUGCUCGCACGCACGGGCGCCAACCUCUUCGAGGAUCCGUCCUACCUGACCGCGGCGCUCGCCGAGUUGAACGCCGCGCGGGGACCGGAUUUCGUGUACGAGCCGCUGCUGGGCGACCGGCCGCCGCCGCUCGAUUACCGGCGCUGA